UCCGCCGCGUCCCCGGCGCGAUCGGGAGGCCAGGCGGCGAGCCUGGAGCGUGGGAGUGGCGUCAGGUUCCUGGUUCACCCGGAAUAGCAACACGCCCGGUUCCACUGGUCCCUGUGAAGUACUUCCUAAAGGGCCUUUCCCCGGCCGCCGCCGCUGCUUUGCGACGGGAGCCUGAGGAUGGACAGAGGCGCCUCAGGACAGUGCUGUCGUGGAGUUCUGGUGCUGAGCGCGAAGUCAGCAUGGCUUUCCUUGGCUGAGAAAGCAUCGGUGGGAAGUGAGCACUCGUUAAACUUGAAGUGAAUGGGCCUGACUGGACUUUGUGAGCACAUCCAUCAACAUGAGCGGUACCAAACCUGACAUUCUGUGGGCACCACACCAGGUUGAUAGAUUUGUUGUAUGUGAUUCAGAACUGAGCCUUUAUCAUGUGGAAUCUACUGUGAAUUCAGAACUCAAAGCUGGAUCUUUGCGUUUAUCAGAAGACUCUGCGGCUACAUUACUGUCCAUCAAUUCAGAUACACCUUACAUGAAAUGCGUUGCCUGGUAUCUCGAUUAUGAUCCUGAAUGUCUCCUGGCAGUUGGACAAGCAAAUGGUCGAGUUGUCCUUACAAGUCUUGGUCAGGAUCAUAACUCAAAGUUCAAAGAUUUGAUUGGGAAAGAAUUCGUUCCAAAGCAUGCACGACAAUGCAACACCCUUGCAUGGAAUCCUCUGGAUAGUAACUGGCUUGCUGCUGGUCUUGAUAAACACAGAGCUGACUUUUCAGUGCUGAUAUGGGAUAUCUGCAGCAAAUAUACGCCUGACAUAGUUCCCAUGGAAAAAGUGAGACUUUCAGCAGGCGAAACCGAAACAACAUUAGUAACAAAGCCACUUUAUGAAUUAGGACAGAAUGAUGCUUGUCUUUCUCUCUGUUGGCUUCCACGAGACCAGAAACUUCUCCUGGCUGGUAUGCAUCGUAACCUAGCCAUAUUUGAUCUUCGGAAUACAAGCCAAAAGAUGUUUGUAAAUACGAAAGCAGUUCAAGGGGUGACUGUGGAUCCAUACUUCCAUGAUCGUGUUGCUUCCUUCUAUGAAGGUCAGGUUGCAAUAUGGGACCUUAGGAAAUUUGAGAAGCCAGUUUUGACUUUGACUGAGCAACCAAAACCCUUAACAAAAGUAGCAUGGUGUCCAACUAGGACUGGUCUGCUUGCCACUUUAACAAGAGAUAGUAAUAUUAUUAGAUUAUAUGAUAUGCAGCAUACACCCACUCCUAUUGGAGAUGAAACUGAGCCCACAAUAAUUGAAAGAAGUGUGCAACCUUGUGACAACUACAUUGCUUCCUUUGCAUGGCAUCCAACAAGUCAAAAUCGAAUGAUAGUUGUAACUCCCAACAGAACAAUGUCUGACUUCACUGUUUUUGAAAGAAUAUCGCUUGCCUGGAGUCCAGUUACGUCUUUAAUGUGGGCUUGUGGCCGUCAUUUGUAUGAAUGCACUGAAGAAGAAAAUGAUAAUUCUGUAGAAAAAGAUAUAGCAACAAAGAUGCGCCUUCGGGCUUUAUCGAGGUACGGACUUGAUACAGAGCAGGUGUGGAGAAAUCACAUUUUAGCUGGAAAUGAAGAUGCACAGCUCAAGUCACUCUGGUAUACUCUGCACUUUAUGAAACAAUAUACGGAAGAUAUGGAUCAGAAAUCUCCAGGCAACAAAGGCUCAUUGGUUUAUGCAGGAAUAAAGUCAAUUGUAAAAUCAUCUUUGGGAGUGGUGGAGAGCAGCAGACACAAUUGGAGUGGAUUGGAUAAGCAAACUGAUAUUCAGAAUUUAAAUGAAGAAAGAAUCUUGGCUUUACAGCUUUGUGGGUGGAUAAAGAAGGGAACAGAUGUGGAUGUGGGGCCGUUUUUGAACUCACUUGUACAAGAAGGGGAGUGGGAGAGAGCUGCUGCUGUGGCAUUAUUCAACCUGGAUAUUCGGCGAGCAAUCCAGAUCCUGAACGAAGGGGCGUCCUCAGGAAAAGGAGACCUGAAUCUCAAUGUGGUAGCAAUGGCUUUAUCAGGCUAUACGGAUGAAAAGAACUCCCUUUGGAGAGAAAUGUGCAGCACUCUACGAUUACAGCUAAACAACCCAUAUCUAUGUGUCAUGUUUGCAUUUUUGACAAGUGAAACAGGAUCUUAUGAUGGAGUUUUGUAUGAAAACAAGGUUGCAGUUCGUGACAGAGUGGCAUUUGCUUGUAAAUUCCUUAAUGACACUCAGUUAAAUAGAUACAUUGACAAGUUGACCAAUGAAAUGAAAGAGGCUGGAAACUUGGAAGGAAUAUUGCUUACAGGCCUAACUAAAGAUGGAGUGGAUUUAAUGGAGAGUUACGUCGACAGAACUGGAGAUGUCCAGACAGCAAGCUACUGCAUGUUACAGGGUUCACCGUUAGAUGUUCUUAAAGAUGAAAGGGUUCAGUACUGGAUUGAGAAUUACAGAAAUUUAUUAGAUGCAUGGAGAUUUUGGCACAAACGAGCUGAAUUUGAUAUUCACAGGAGUAAGUUGGAUCCCAGUUCCAAGCCUUUAGCACAGGUGUUUGUGAGUUGCAACUUCUGUGGCAAGUCAAUCUCCUACAGCUGCUCCACCGUGCCUCAUCAGGGCAGAGGCUUCAGUCAGUACGGUGUGAGUGGCUCACCAACAAAAUCCAAAGUCACGAGUUGCCCCGGCUGUCGAAAACCCCUUCCUCGAUGUGCACUUUGCCUCAUUAAUAUGGGAACACCAGUUUCUAGCUGUCCUGGAGGAUCCAAAUCAGAUGAAAAAGUGGACUUGAGCAAGGACAAAAAAUUAGCUCAGUUUAACAACUGGUUUACGUGGUGUCACAACUGCAGGCACGGUGGCCAUGCUGGACACAUGCUUAGUUGGUUCAGGGACCACGCAGAGUGUCCUGUGUCUGCCUGCACGUGUAAGUGUAUGCAGUUGGAUACCACAGGGAAUCUGGUACCGGCAGAGACUGUUCAGCCAUAAAAAGUUACCACCUAAAGAGAACCUUCAAGCAUGGAGCUUUCUAAUAGAUGUCCUUCACAGCUCAAACACAUACCUCAGAGCAAGUCACUCGUGACUUUCCUGUAAUGGGAAAAUAAAUCGUUCUAUCAGAUCAGCAAUUUGAUGUUUGAGUGAUUUUGAUGUUCUUCACAGAGACAACUGCUGCUGACGUGAACAUCCGAGUGUGGGCAUGAGUUCUCUUCAGUGGCUGAAAAAGUUCACAUUGGAAGCACUUUUUAGGAUGUUGAAAUUAUGAACACUGUACAAGCUGAGUUUCUGAAAUAAUAAAGAAUAGACCUUGAACCUGUA